GAACUUGUGGAACGGAUACGGACGAAGAAAUACAACAACAUUCCGAAGCUGACAGUAAUAUUUUGGAAAAUUGGCAGGAGUAUUUGGCCGAUAAUCCAACACAAACAAAUAACGAGAAUCAUGACACUAACGAAUUGGAAUCUACAAGUCAAAAUAGACAAUUAAUUAAUCUAGGACAAAAUAACGAAACUAGCGAGGACGAGAAAGAAGGAUAUUGGUCCGAAACUCGACACUCCAACAAUUCCAGUGACGACCAAAUCAUAACCGACGACUUGGAGCGUACAGGAUCAAAUAACAACGAAAUACUUGGUUUGAAUAGCGGAGACGAAAACGUAUCAGUUCGGUCGGAUGACUCCAGUGUGCCCGAUCUGUAUCAAAUUGAUCAAAAUUGGGAUCUACACGUAAUUAAUAAUCUAAAUAAUUACGAUAAUCAGGAAUAUCUUCAAGGAACGGACGAAGAGAUACCUAGUGAAGUUUCAACUGAAGCAACAGGCAAUGAAAACGAAUCGGAUGACGAUAUGGACGGAGUAGUACAGGCAAUAGGAAAUUUACCGGUAGAACCUCUCGAUCGAACCAAUCAAACUACAAUAAUCGAUGGAAUAAUCAAACUGUUGAUAAUGGACCGGUGUGUUAUGAUUGUGGAGAAGCUGGUCACAUAUGCCCAAAUUGUCCAAAUGCCAAUAGAAACCAAACUGGUGGAAAUAAUUGACGAGAAUGCCAGGCAAGAUAAUUUAACUAGUAAUAGUCAAUCGACGAAUAAUCAGUUACUACAACAAUUGCAAGUGCUUACAGAUAUUAUUCAAGCCAAUACGAACGGAAAUGAUGGUUGUACAUAUCUUGGAACACAUGAGUAUUAUCCGGCCGAACGAUCUAAACCAAAGGAACGGUUCAACCCAACGGCCAAACAACAUAAUACGCGAAGUAAAGACAAGCAGAAAGAAGAAAUGACUGAUCCUCCAGUCAACGAAAAGUAUCCGACAACGAGGCUAACCCAACUGCUUCAGAGUAAGAGAACGAAUCAGAAAAAUUUAGAGAAAAAGAAUUUUUUAAUGUACACCACGACCGAAAACGAUUGGCAAACCACUCGACCACGAACUUGGAGAACUGAGUUUCCUGUCGAAAGACCAGAUUACAGUAAAUAG